AUGAACUGUCAACGUGUGGCAAGUUUAAUGCUGUUGCUGGGCAGCUUGUGGCAGUGUCAAGCGGCUUACAAUUGCUCAGCGCCGCCGAGCUUUAACAAUUUCGAUGUAAAUUCCUGUUGCCGCACGCCGCAAAUAAAUCUGGAGGGAGUGCCACAAAAAUGUCAGCGACAGGUGAAUCAACUGAAGUCGGCCAAUCAGAAAUAUCCAGCGUUUGCACAUUUGUGCUAUCCGGACUGCAUUUAUCGCGAGACUGGCGCCUUGGUCAAUGGACGUUUGCAUCUGGACAGGGUUAAGCAAUAUUUGCAGCAGCAUGUGGCACGCCGUGAUCAGGACGUAGUGCCGCAUAUAGUGCACUCUUUUGAAACUUGCAUUAACAACAUUCACGGUCAUAUGCGCGCGUCCAAGUUAGAUGCUUAUAAGGUGCUGCCCCAAGGCUGUUCGCCAUACGCUGCGAUGCUUUACAGCUGCGUUAAUGCUGAGACUUUUAUGCACUGCCCCGCCAAGCUGUGGAAGUCCGACAAUCAAUGUCGAGUGGCCAAAGAGUACGCCGAACAAUGCAAUCCAUUGCCGCAUGUGCCGCUGCCCAUGAGUUGA